UUGCAAAAAUUUCACAUUGGGCGCAUUUCACAAUUUCACAUUUCAUUUCAUUAGUUUUUUUAUGGGUAUUAAACUCUCGUACAAGCGCUGUGUACUCUCGAGUCUCGACCCACGAUCAUGUGAUCAACAAUAACUGAAUAUUUAUCACAAGCGAUGCGCUGCGUGAUUGUCGCUUGAAGCCUCCAGUUCUUGACGUACUCCCUGCAUUUAUUCAACAAAAUGCCAGUUGCCAGAAGAAAAUCACGUAUAAUCUGUUGGUCAUGAUGUGAUUGAGUGAUCAAAAAUCAGCAAGAACGACAGCCUCCGUGCGCCAACCAUGGAACUAUGGAGUUCUCGAUGGGCGAUACGAUAGUGCGAUAUACGCCUUCAUCGCAUGAUUAAUGGGAGGGAAGCGUCUAUAUCACACAGCAUUUGUUCAUGCUGGGAUCACCGUGGGAGCGUUGUUCCUCCUAAAUCUGAAAGGCUGCCAAUCGUUUUCGUGCUACGCAUGUGACGAGAACAAGGACCCCGCUAAUUGUCAGAAUCCCCCCAAAGAUGUUCCUAAGGAAUUGAUGACAUGUAAGGAAAACGUUGUCACCUGCGUCAUCAGCACAGGAUUGCGGAACAGAACGAAUAAGGAAACUGGCGUGUCUUCGUAUGUACCUAUAAUGACGCGGCGAUGCUCGAGGGAUUACGAAGGCAAAGACGACCUCACUGCGUUCAACGCUGACGCCAAAGGUCAGCCGAUGAUCUGUUACAUUCUGAAUCGGCUGACCUUCGUGGACCGGCGCUGCGUAUGCAUCACGGAAAAAUGCAACAGUAAAAUUUGGGACGAGCUCAUGGUCCUGCCAACUUUUAAGGAACCCCGUACGGAAGGCGACACUCCUCAAAUUCAGCCGCUGGGCAAUAUGUCGUUGGACAAGGUGGCGGAGGCCGCUGCCGCCUGGACACCACCUCCCGACGCUACCACUCCGGGUCCAAUCACACCCUCUCCUGACAUGACCACCGCCAAUGAAAACAUGACGGUUAGCGACAACGCCAAUGCAACGACUGACGCGAGCGGUGACAUUAAUGCUGCGAAUGCUGGCGGUGGAUCUAACGCGGGAUUAAUUGCGGGACUAGCAGUUGGAGGGUUGUGUUUGGCGGGUUUGGCUGGUGGCUUGUUGUGGUGGUUUAAAUUCCGGAAGCCGAAGAAAAAGAAGAAGAGUGGCGACAGCGGUGGGAGCGAUAAUAGCGGGGAAACAGAUGCUAGUGGCGGCGACGAUGACGAUUAAAAUACUGUCAACGAGCGUUAACACUGUCCCUGAACUCUCGUAUUUCCGCAUGCCCUUUCUUGUGGUGGUGACCGCAAGCCAUGUGACGGUUUUAGCGCACUGAAAUGCUCGUUUUGUCCGCAGAACACAGGUCCAAAGUUAUGCCUGGAUCCCAGUCUUGACACUGUAGCUACCUGUCCGCCUAACCAACAAACCUGCGUGGUUGUUUCUGGAUACAGAGCUCGACCGAAUUCCACGGACAAAAAUGCACUGGUGCCGACAAUGUAUCGACAGUGUUCUGGACCUCCGUUUAUACAAGGUGACGCGGAGAAAUGGGCUGUGGUGCAGAGUAAAGGGAAGAAACUUCUCUGCUUUUUAAUGGAACGCUCGGACUUCGGAGUAGACCCCACCUUGCCCGGGGUGCCGACAACACGUCGCUGUAUCUGCGGCCAUGAUAGCUGCAACACCAUGACGUGGGACGAAGUGAUGACGCAGUUUACCAUGCCGGUGAACUUCACAGCGGCUGACGUACCCAAACAAGACGUUCUGGGAAACAAUGCCCUCACGGAUGUUUUAGCGAAGCUCAAUGCUUCCGAUGUCGCUCCUCCGGGUGCCGGCAUCAGUGCCGCACCAGCGGGCACGGAAGGUCCUGUUGCGGCCGUCACUUCGGCACUAGCUGCAAACGAUAGCAGCCUGAAUGGAAACGAUACCAGUUCCGCUGGCCCAGCUGCAGCAAGCGGCGGAUCAAACAUGGGAUUGAUAGCUGGAGCAGUUGGUGGAGUGAUUGCUUUGGCUGCGCUGGCCGGCGGACUAUAUUACUGGUUUAAAAUCCGCAAGCGGAAAGAUAGUACUGGUGGCGACAGCGGAACAGCGGAAGGAGCGGUGGCAAGAGCGGCAACAGUGGAGGCACUGCGGCAAGCGAGGACGAUGACGAUUAAGGGACACGGUCUUGUGGUCUUUUCUCUUAAUUGGAAACAGCGAUUUAGUACGUCAGUGUAUUGUUAAAUGCAGCACCGGUGCGGUGCUUCAGAACGUUUGACCUUUUUUAGCGUGUUAAAUUUGUUAUUUAUUUUUUAGUCAGCAAGUCAGCAUCACAUGACUGUAGUCUAAACAUGCACGGGAUUACGAUGAGAGUGCCGAAAUGUAAGGAAAAUUGCCAGCACUUGUUAUCUGUGUGCUUGCGUUGUGCACAAUAUUUUACAUAUUAUUGUGUUCGCUUGCGCUUUAUUGGGCAGAAGGCCGUCAACAAGAUAAAAAGUAACGCUAACG